CCAACUGCGAACGAAUUGCUUUCAAGACGAAUACUUCUUAAGUUUGCGAAUUUCGGCUUGAUUUCCUCGACCCUUUGAUAUAUUCGUCGAACCAGAGUACGUUCCUGUAACAAAAUAAUACAUGAAGAUUAACUUGCAUGGAUUAUGUAAAAGAACAACUGUGGGAAUAUUGUACCUGUACACCGGGUGGUCGCUAGGACUACGCGCGACGCUUUAAUAGGCCAGUUUAUUCCUUCAAUACCUGAUAUUGUAUUACACUCCUGUGUUUACUUGGGGUUUAAAAGACAAAAGUGAUAUAAAACAUGGACGAGCAGAAGGGAAGUGAAGAUACAGAUCAACAGAAGAAAGUCACCUUUGACGAGAAGGACGAGAAGGACGUGAAGGACGAUCGUGCCCCUACAUCUAAAGAAAACAAGGGUCAAGACCAGGAGCAUGACGACCUGGAAGAAGAAGGUCGAAGGUCAAGGACGAGUAGAACUAGCAGAGCAAGUAGCGCUGAUGCGUACCUUAUGGAGUCUGAUGAAGAAAAACUUAAACGUGCUCAAAAUGAAGACAAAAUCACAAAUAAGGAUAACGAAGAGAAGAAUAAUACCGAAACAAGUAACAAUGAUAUGAAAGAUGGGUUAGAUGAUGAUUUAGAGAUACUACAGAAUAGUUAUAAACAAGAAGAAAAUAAACAAAAGACCAGAAACGAGGCAGAAGAAGUCAGUGAAAACAAAGAGAAGAUUGAUCAAUCUAAUAUCGAAGAAAACAAUGUCAAGGACGAUAGAAACAAACCUGAGAACAUGGGGGAUAAUGAAAAGACUGAAGCUAGACAUAAUAAAAAAGAUGUAGAAUUUGACAGAGUCAGCAAUAAUUCCGGAUAUUCUUUGAAUAGUCGGCGCCCGAAAAACGAGCAAAGCUCAACCGUAAAAGAAUCUAAAAACAAAACUUCAUAUAAUGAGCCUGAAUCUAGUACAAAGUAUGUAACUGACGAUGAAAAGUUAUCAGAAAUAAGAAGUUCUGUGUCUUCACUUGAUUCGCGUGGAAACGCCAUUGAUGCCGAGAAAGAGAAUACCAAAACUGAGGACGAAGAAGAGCGUGCUGAAACAAAUAAAACCAAAGAAACAUAUGAAGAGGAGCAAAAGUCAGAUGAAAGGAAAGAACAAGCUGAUAAUGCAAAAGAUGAUACUAAACAAUUGCAACAUAUGGAAGAGACAAAAGAUGAAAAUAAGAACUGGAGAGAUGAUCCUCAGUAUCAGAAAGACGAAGAUGACGAUGAUGCGCAGUCGCAAUCCUCAAAAUCUAAAAAGGAAAAAGAAACAAAAGUAACCAUAAACGUUUUACAAGCAAAAAGUCCGAACAAUGAACAAACACAAAAACCACCACAAAAAGCAGAACCCAAGAAAUCUACUGCCACAACUUAUCCUAAGAAACAAGCCGUCAGCUCUAGUAAACCUGCUGUUUCGUCACCGUCCCAUCAAAGUUAUCCACGAUCGAAUCAAAAGGAAAGUUUGUCCCCACGUGAAAUCGUUGCAGACCAACGUAAAGAAAGACGUCAGAAGUCCCAGAGUGCACGAUAUCCAUCUCAAGGCAAAUCAUCUUCACGUGACGUAACCAUGGCAACGCGGUCUUCUUCAAGAACUUCAACUUUGAGGAGUUCAAGACCUCCUAGUCGAGCUAGGACAUCUUUGGGCUUCUCAACAGAAAGAAGACGAAAGGAGAAAGAAUUCUUCCACGCAGAACUUCAACGUUUGAAAGACAGUUUGAGAAAAGAAUCAAAGAAAAUCAAAAAGCCGAAAGUACGGGACCAUUACCCCUUUGUAUUUACAGACUUGGCGCCGUACUAUAACACAUAUACAGCCAACUAUCUAAUUAACAUGCCUGAUCUUGGAUAUAAAGAAACACAACCAGCUGAAGCAAAGAAACCAGUUGAGACUGAAGAUACAAAAGAAUUGAUGUACACAACAAGAUGCACAUCGAUAGGACUGGUUGACCCAUGUGAUAGUCUAAGCAUGGACAGAAAUGUUUUACCCAAGUUGGAGACAGCUGAGAUUCGGAGGAAGAGGAUUGAACAAAUGCACGCCGCAUCGAAGCCAAAAUCAGGCCGAGACUCUUCUAACACGGACAGAAGUGGGAAAACAGCCAGUCCUACUAACAAUGACCACGAUUCACAAUCCCCACGUCAGAAGAGACCGGAAGCGAAGCAAGGCAGUACGAGAUUGCCAAAAUUCCCUGUAAUAGCGCCACCUAACGCCGAACUUACAACUAAGGAACUACAUUACGGAGAUGUCCCUAUGUUAAGGGACGAAAUGACCAAGUCCUUCAGUCACUAUGGUGACGACAGAAAGAAAUCAGACUAUGAGAGAACAAAACAGGAUUUCUACAGAAUGGAAUUAGAUAGAUUAGAUGAAUACCAUCAGACAACCCGACCUCAUAUGAGAGCCGCUUACUUUGCUUAUUUACAAAACACCCCUGGCUCCCGAAAGGCAAUAUAUGACUGCAUGAAGGAAGUGACGUCACCAAAGAAAAAGGAGGAGCAAUCGCCACAGGCAGUAGCAUGAGGCAUUGAAACUAAACUAAACUAAACUAAACUAAACUAAACUGAAAGAAGCUUAGGACAUUGAGAAAAUGGAAAAUGAAAACGUCAUUGAAUGGAUUAUUAGUUAUAGGGCUAUAUUCUUUUAAGAAACGGACAGCUUUUAUUUCUUACUUCGUGAAAAAAAAACGUUUCCCAUCGCUAGUUUUAACUGAACAUACGAGUAUCUAGUAAAAGGAUCUUGUUUUAUUCUGUUUGUCAUAAUAACUUCCAGCUUUCUAUUUUCAAUUUUAUAAUUUUCCCUUUUGAAUUGUCUAGCUGAUAAAUUCUCCAUGAGAGUUGCGUAAAGUUUCAAUUCCGUAAUUCAAAACAAAAUUCAAAUUAGUAUAGUAGCCCAUAUGAUAUCUAAUGUCACCGUGUUCAUCUCAUAGGAAUAAAUAUGUUGAUAAUCUGGCCCCGCUGCGACGUGUUUAAACUGUGAGUCGUCACGACAAAAAGGACCACCUAAUUGAGUCAUUUUUUUUUAACUUUGACUAGCUAUUAAGUAUCUUUCAUACUUCUUUAACUGAAUUCCGUCAAUGGGAUUUUCAUACGUGUUUGGAGAUUAAUUGUAUGCGAAAUUGGAAAUAAUAAAAUAAGUAUCCCAAAAAUGAGCUGCACUGACGAACGUUCAAGGUCACUUCUCAAUAAGAGAAGAAGAAUGGUGGUCCUUAUAUCGUGACGAAGCACAAUAGAUAAAUAAUUUUGGCCUAUCUGUGAUAUAUUAUAUUGUAUUAACUUGUAUAUGUGAGUGUUAUGACUGUUUAUAUUGUUUUCAUAUCUUACUGACGUACAUUCAUCUUGUAGAUAUGUUUUUAAAACUUUCCAUUAGAUCUACUUAAUUUGUUAGCUUUACAAACUGACUGAACAUUUUUUGUCGAAAACAACAACAAUAAUAUUAAAACACAGAAAUGCUAAAGAAAACGUCUUGAAACCAGAAAUACCAAUUGGAGAAAUGGUUGCUUGAGAAUUCGACGUUUGGGAUAACUCCACCAGGAUAUAUCAGAAGUUAGAUCUACCUAUCUGAUAAAUGGAAGUUUUACUAUCAGCAUUUUCCAUUUUGUGUGAAUUUUACAAAAUGCACCGUUUUACGUUUAGCAUUUAUUUUCACCUUCAUGUAUUCUUUUGUCUGUAAUGACACAUAACAUCUUUGGUGAAAGUUGUAUUGCUAAGAAUGACUUCUUUUAUAAGAAAAAUGUACUUUCUUCAAUAGUUUUCUAUUAAACUGUUUUAUAUCUAAA